CUGAGAUUGGCAAGUUCGGCGUAGCUUCGUUGCUCGGAAAGCAAGCCACGCCCAAUGUGUGUGUUGGCGUAGUCUGGACUUUACCAGUUUUGUUCCACAAACCUCAUCCUGCUUCUCCUCUCACUGACAUGUCGUCCGGGGAGUGUCGGUCUUCUGGCCCUGGCCUUUAUCCGAUCGAACAAUCGACCUCAAUGCAAUGAAUUAUCACGACUGCAACAUCUCAUGAUCAUCACCGAGACUCAUAAUUGGCAACAAUCGACUCAACUAUAUCUUCCCCAUGAAACCCACAUUUCCACCACCCCCUCAUCCGCGAUCAGCAACCCCCAUCAAUUGGAACUCCACACUUGAAUCAUCGUCACCACCAUCAUGAUGGAGAAGACCGACUCCGAGACCGUCGUGCGGAACGAAAGCAUCAGCAAGUCCGGCAACCCUGUCGUCGUCGACGAAGCCGCUCUCCUCGCCGACCGCACCGACGAAGAGGGCCUCACGUUUCGCUAUGUCAUGAAGAACCACCCAUCGCUGGUGUGGUGGUCCUUCUUCUACGCCAUGUCUGCUGUUGGAUGGGGCUUCGACGCCCAAGUCAACGGCGCCAUGAUCUCGGUGCCCGCCUUCCGCCGCGACUUCGGCUACAUCUUCGAGGGCCAGCCCGUCCUGCCGGCGGUAUGGCAGACUUCCUUCAACGUCGUGAGCUCCGUCGGGCAGUUCUUUGGCGGGUUCCUGUGCGCGUGGACGGCGGACCGCAUCGGGCGGAAGUACGCGUUGGCGAUUGGCGCCGUCGUGUGUGCUGGCGGUAUCGUGGGACAGGUCGUGACGGCGUCGAAGGUUGGGUUUCUGAUGAGCAAGUUGGUCCUUGGGUUUGGGUUGGGUUUCUAUUUGUCGAUUGGGCCGCUUGUGACGUCUGAGAUCACACCGGUCGUCCUUCGAGGUCUGGCUACGGCUGGUGUCAACCUCGGAAUCGCACUGGGCCAACUCCUCUCCAACGCCGCUGUUAAAGGCUUCGGCGAGCGUGACGACAGAUGGGCCUACCGCGGCCCCUUCGCCCUCCAACUCUUCUUCGCCGUCUUUCUCCUCGCCGGUGUGUGGUUCGCCCCUGAAUCCCCAUGGUACCUCGUCCGCAAGGGGCGCUACGAAGAAGCAGAGCACGCCAUGCAGCAGCUCUGGGGCGCCCACAAGCCCGUAGCCGUGAAAGUCGCCGCCAUGAAAGCUUCCCACGAGUCCCACGCCGAGGCGGCCCAACCCAGCAUCCUCGAGUGCUUCCGCGGCACCAACCUCAUCCGCACGGGCAUCUCGACCGGCGUCUUCGUCUGCCAGCACCUCGUCGGCAUCAUCUUCGUCCUCGGAUACAGCAGCUACUUCUUCCAGCUCGCGGGGCUCGACCCCUCCCGCAGCUUCGACCUCGGCGUCGGCGUCACCGCCUGCGGCGUCCUCGGCAACAUCCUCUCCUGGUUCACCGUCAACCGCUACGGCCGCAGAUCCAACUUCCUCCUCGGCAUGUGCGUCCUCACGGCCCUCCUCCUCCUCAUCGGCAUCAUGGACGUCGUCCCCUCCAGCGGCGCGAAAUGGGUCCAAGCCGCCGCGACCGUCAUCUACGCCUUCGUCUACUUCAACACCAUCGGCGCGCUCGCCUUCGUCCUCCUCGGCGAGACAUCCAACCCGUCGCUCCGCGGCAACACGACCGCGCUCGCAACCGCCACACAGUCCGCCCUCGGCAUCGCGAUGAACAUCGCUAUCCCGUACAUGGUGAACCCAGACGAGGCCAACUUGAAGGGGAAGGUCGGGUUCGUGUUUGGAGGUCUCGCGGCGUUGGCGACGGUCGGUUGCUUCUUUUACGUGCCGGAGCUUAAGGGCAAGUCGUUCGAUCAGAUUAAUACGCUUUUUGAGAAGAAGGUUCCGCCCAGGCAUAUGGGGAAGUAUACGGCGGAGGAUAUUGAUCAUGAGGUUGCGGUGGCGUAGAUGUGGAGUGCCCGAUGGCAUCUAUGCCACGGGAAAGAAGAAGAUGUCUCUACGUUCAUAAGUGUAGGGAAUAUCGUAUAUACGGAAGAAAG